AUGAGGGCCAAUAAUUUGGUACUUUCUUGGUUGAUAAACUCAAUUUCCAAAGAUAUUCGAAAUAGCUUGUUGUAUGUUGAUUCAGCUCUUGAUCUUUGGAAUAAAUUGAAGACACGAUACCUAAGAAGUGAUGGACCAAGAGUUUUCCAUCUUGAAAAAUCUUUGAGUUCUAUAAACCAAGGUUCUUCAUCCAUUACUGAGUAUUUUAGUAUGUUCAAAGCAUUAUGGGAUGAAUAUGUUAGUUUUCGUCCUUUCCCAACUUGCACUUGUGGAAAAAUUGAUCAAUUUACCAUUAAAGACUUGGGACUAUUGAAAUAUUUUCUUGGUCUAGAAAUAGCAAGAUCUAAAACUGGCAUUUCACUUUGCCAACGAAAAUAUGCCUUGGACAUAUUACAAGACACUGGUAACCUAGGCUCAAAGCCUGCUGCUUUUCCAAUAGAAUCAAAUCUCAAACUCACUGCUGAUGAUCCAGAGCUUUAUGAAGAUCCAUUAGAAUAUAGGAGACUGGUUGGUAGAUUGUUAUACUUGACAAUUACCAGACCAGAUCUUGCCUAUUCUGUCCAAAUGUUAAGUCAGUUUCUAGCAAAACCAGUUGUCAACCAUCACAAAGCAGCAAUGAGGGUCCUCAGAUAUCUGAAAGCUACACUAGGGCAGGGUUUGUUUUUCUCAUCAUCUUCAGAACUUCAGCUCAAAGCCUUCUCUGACAGUGAUUGGGCAGGCUGCCUUGACACCAGGAGAAGCAUAACAGGUUUUGCAAUAUUCUUCGACAAUUCCCUAAUUUCUUUUAAGUCUAAAAAGCAAGCCACAGUUAGUAGAUCCUCUGUUGAAGCAGAGUAUCAAGCUCUUACAGCUACAACAUGUGAGGUACAAUGGUUGGUCUAUGCCUUGCAGGACUUGUAG